UCAGGGAGACCGCGCGCACUGAAGUUUUAGUUGGGAGAGUGUGUAUAGGAUGUGGGUGGCAGUAACAGUCGAAGUAAUAGUAUGGCGGAUCUUCUCAUAAACAACUGUUGCCAUAAAUGAAAGGGAAUCAUAUAUUCAUAUCACAAUCUCCCUACCACCACGGCACACCUCCCAUUAAAUGACACUUCUUUGCUUGCUUUCAUUUCCCCUUCUCACUUUCUCAGCUGGUACCCUUUCCAGCUUUCGAUCAGCUUGAGAUAGGCUUAUUUUUAUUGAUUGGUUUCUGGGCUUUGUGGUUCUGUGGUGUUUGUUCGUCUUGUAUGAUAGAAUGGGAACAGAUGAGGAUCCUGCAGUGGAUCAAAAGCACGAUGUGGGUGCAAUCCAAACAAGCGUUGUCAUUCCAAUUCAUAAGGUUGAAGACACAACCGGAACAACUGAAGAAACUGCCCAUGUUCAUAACUGGAGGAGGAAAAACCUUGUCUUAGAGAUACCCUCAAGAGAACUGGAAGACCCCCCUCAGGAUACUGUUGUGAUUAAGAUGCCCCCAACUCCUAGUCCCACUCCAAGGAAAGUGAAUUUCUUCUUGACACCAAGUUCUAGUGAUGCAAAAGCAGCUACUGGGUCUCCAGGGCCCUCCUCAGUUAGAGGCAAAUCAUCCUUUAAGAGUCUGUUACCAAAACUAAGCUUCAAGUAUCGGAAUUCUACUUUCGAUGUUGAAAGGGCCCCCAAUCCAACUCAAGAAGCUUCAUCUACAGGGCCACGAGAGAAACCGUCAAUCCCAAGGUCAUUGUCACUUACAAAGAUAUUCACUCCUAGGAUGAAGAGAACAGCUUCACUGCCUGUAACUCCAAUUGCACACUCCAACCUAGGGUCUGCACAUGGAGGAAAUGCAGCUGUUACUCCAAAUUCAAGGAGGAAAGCAGCUCAAGUGAGCAUGAACCGGUCACUCUCGAUGCCUAUCAACAAUAAAGAAAGAAGCAUAAGGCAGAUGGAUUCCUUUUUCCGUGUGAUUCCUUCAACUCCUCGAGUGAAGGAAGGAGAUAUAACGUCAAAUACAUCACCUACAGUUGACGCUGAAAAUAGUGAUGCUGAUGGUGAAGACAUACCUGAAGAAGAGGCUGUUUGUAGGAUUUGUCUGGUUGAACUCUGUGAAGGAGGUGAAACCCUUCAAAUGGAGUGCAGCUGCAAAGGAGAGCUUGCUCUGGCCCAUCAAGAAUGCGCUGUAAAAUGGUUUAGCAUCAAGGGUAACAAGACCUGUGAUGUGUGCAAACAAGAGGUCCAGAAUCUACCGGUGACUCUAUUACGAAUUCAAAGUGUUCAAACUCGAAUUGCAAGAACAAGUAGGGGUCAACAGACAGAUCUUGAUGGAUACAGGAUUUGGCAGGAAGUGCCCAUCCUCGUCAUUGUGAGCAUGCUUGCCUACUUCUGUUUUCUUGAACAACUCCUGUCUUUCUACAUGCAGGUAGGGAAGAUGGGGACUAGUGCAAUAGCCAUAUCACUUCCAUUUUCAUGUGUCCUUGGUCUCAUUGGAACCAUGACCUCCACAACAAUGGUGACCAGAAGGUUUGUCUGGGUUUAUGCAGCAAUUCAAUUUGCUUUGGUGGUUCUCUUCGCACAUAUUUUUUACUCAUGGGUUCAUGUGCAAGCAAUUCUAUCUAUUCUCCUAGCAACAUUUUCUGGGUGUGGUGUGGCAAUGAGUGGGAGUUCAAUUGUUGUGGAGUUUUUGGGAUGGAGAAGAAGACGGCAUACUCUACCAGAUCGGCUUAAUGGUUCCAUAGCGGCACCACAUCACGGCCAGCCUGCUCGACCUGUAAAUUCAUCUACUGAUCAGGUUCACCAAACUGAAGCGGAAAAUCCAGAAACUUUUGGUGGCAGUUGAAAUAAUUUUUUAAGACUAGCAACUUAUUGAAGCUCAUAGUUGGAUCAUGUUGUAUUUAAGAUAUCACAAGUAUUCUUUGGCUUUUUGCUUUUGUAAUAUAUAUAUAUCAAAUUACUCCUGUUAUGUAAAUGAAUGUGCAUAGAUCCGGGUUGUAAUAGCUUUAAUAGUCAGGGUGAUUGCAAGAUUAUGAUAGAAUUCUAUUUGCGGCAA